AUGGCAUUUCCACACGUGCAGCCUCUACCAGUUUCUAACAGACUUCAAAUGCCAGGGCAAGUGUUUACCCUUAUUGCAGAUGCUGAGAAGGGUAAUGAGAUAGUGCAAGGUAUUCUUUCUCUGUGUGGUAUGGAUGUACGUGUGCUAUUUGAUACAGGAUCCACCCAUUCAUUCAUUGCUCCACAUAUGGUGUGUCAUGUUCCCAUUCCUAAGACUUCUUUACCAUAUCAUCUAGCGGUGGCUACUCCGGGAGGUUUGGUUCUAUUGGGUAGCGAAGUCCUUAGGAAUUGUGAGAUUAUGGUGGGUGACAGGGCUGAAGAGUUGGUACGACUUAACUGCGAAGCGUACUUGGCUUUUAUGGUGACAAGUGAGGAUUAUAAGGUAAGGAUUGCAGAGAUACCUGUAGUGUGCGAGUUUCCCGAUGUUUUUCCGGAGGGCUUGCCAGGCUUACCACCUUGA